AUGAUCAAAGAAUGGGACAAUGGCUGUCAAAAGAUUGGAACACCAAGGGCUAAUGAGCCAAUGGCCCAAGAAAGGAAGACUACAGAGGGAAAGGCAGGUAAGAAGAAAGGAAAAUCAGUCCGAACGCUCGAUACAAGCUAUCCCUUCCAGGAUGAAGACUCUCAGCUUUAUCAGGAGGAUCUGUGCUCAGUGUCACACCUGGGGUUAUGGAGCAAAUUCUACAGAUCAGACCCACGCAUUGCCCUCGGGAAAUACUCCCCCAUGGAGAAAGAGAUCCUACGUCUAGGUGGUGUUCAUACUAUGGCAGCAAGAAAGUUUCUGGCUUUUAAGCAAGAGGAAGAACAGAAGCUACUCAGGGAGCUGCAGUUUCUGUCCUCAGACUACAAACGGGCAACGUCGUAUAAAAAUCAGAAGUCAUCUCCUUGUUCUAUUUGUGGACCCGGGGAAAAAUCAUGGACCGCAAAGGUGAUUGUACCGGCAGAGGAGUUCAAAAUGCCACAAAGAGAAAUAACCAAUAUCAGUAAGCACAUAGAAAGGAUGCAGUUUGCUCGAGCCCUGAGGAAUGCGCAGCUUUUACCCUACAUUGAAAGGCUUAGAGACACUUCUUUUUUAUCCAAAGCCAGCCUGGGUCCAGAGCCAGCCAAAGACCAGGCCAAAGAAGAGGGUGAAGACUUUGAUUCAAGUAACUGUGAGAUUACUGAUCAGGACAAGAAGAAAGAGGCAGAGUUCAAACCCACUCAAAAACAAGAAAUCAAAAUGAACGUCAUUUUCAAGUCAGACCAACCCAAAAAACGUUUAGUAUAUAAUGUGAAUGAGCGAAGACCAUUUCUUCCCACUACAAAGCUGGAACGAUGCAUCACUGGCCCAACAAACAGAUCCCUGCUCCAUUUUUCUGAAUUCCCUGGAGAUCUGAUGUUAAUGAAUCAGGAUUUUAUAUCACGGGGACCCCACCCCAGUGAAUUGACAAAGGCCUGCUCCCUCAGAAGGGGGAACGUCUGGGACAAACACAAAAACUGCUUGUGA